AUGUCCUAUUCUGAGACGUUAGAGCAGGCUCUCAUUGUGGUGAGACAACAAGCUGUUCUUAUGCAGAGAUGUAUUCAGCAGCGUAAACUGAUGGAUGCAUUAAAACACGCAUCAAUGAUGCUGACAGAAUUGAGAAAGCCAGAUUUAUCCCCGAAACAGUAUUACGAAUUAUACAUCAUGAUAUUCGAUUCACUAUCACUUCUAUCGAGUUAUUUGACUGAUAAUCAUCCAAAACUUCAUCAUUUAGCAGAUCUUUACGAGUUGGUUCAAUAUGCGGGCAAUGUAGUUCCACGUCUCUACCUUAUGAUCACAGUGGGAACAAGUUAUUUAAAAUGUGCAGAUUCACCUCGAGAAGAAAUUCUAAAGGAUAUGAUAGAGAUGUGUCGAGGUGUUCAAAAUCCAAUGAGAGGUCUUUUCCUUAGGUAUUACUUAUCACAACGUACUAAACAAUUACUACCUGAAAAUGCAAUAGAAUUCAAUGCUAAUUUUGUCAUUACCAAUUUUAUUGAGAUGAAUAAAUUAUGGGUCCGUUUACAACAUCAGGGACCUCUUAGAGAAAGGGAACAGAGAACUAAGGAACGUAAGGAAUUGCAAAUUUUAAUUGGAUCUCAGUUAGUAAGGCUAUCGCAAAUUGUUGAUGACAAUCUAGUCAUUUAUAGGGAUAACAUAUUACCAGUUAUCUUAGAACAAGUGGUUCAAUGUAGAGAUGUGGUUUCUCAGGAAUAUUUACUAGAUAUUGUUUGUCAAGUUUUCCCAGAUGAAUUCCAUUUAUCAACGCUAGAUUCACUGUUGGAAUCUACUUUACACAUGCAUCCUGAUGUUUCUAUCAAUAAAAAUGUACUUACGUUAAUCGAUCGUCUGAAUGGGUAUAUCGAUAGGAAAGAGCAAGAACAAGAGACGGCACAAGUGGAUUCAGAUCUUUUCAAAGUUUUUUGGAAUUACCUAAAGACAUUGAACGAAGAAAGACCAGAUUUAUCACUGCAACAGUUUGUGCCUUUAAUCGAAAGUAUAAUGGCUCUAUCAUUACGUUGGUAUCCUGACAAUUUGUCAAAUCUUAACGCUCUUUACGGAUUUACCGCUCAAAAAUGCAAGGAUUACGGUAAAGCAAUACCACAGAGUGCAGAAUACCUUUUCGUCAAUUUAUUAAUUUUACAAAAUUUUGAAUACGUUAAACGUUCCGCUGCCCUUUUCUACAACAUCAUAUCACAAUGCGAAUCGUUUAGAGAGUUACUUUCCUUACAAAACGUGCCAUUACAGAAAAGCAUUAUAAACACUAUUCUUGAUACGCUACUUUCAACUUCUACAGAAAAUGGUGACGUGCUUGUCAUUGAUUCCAAGACAAAUUUAGAAAAUUUAUUAUCAGUAAUGGAACCACUAAUCAGAUUUCGUGUGACCGCUACCACGAGGAGACCUUCCAAUAGUGCGUUGGGAUUAAGUGAUGAUCCAACAGAAGAUGAAGAAGGUAAUGGUUCUUGGGUAUUAGAUCCAUCUCAAGAAAAAUUGGCCAAAUUUUGUCAUUUGGCCGUUCGGUCUUUGCCAAAGGAAUCUAAGCAGUAUCGUAACGUGGAAAAUCAAGUGGAAUAUUUGCUUUUACUAAAGAAUUGGUAUUACAAAGGUGGUAAAAACAUUAAAUAUACCUAUCCAGCUAUUAUUACCAAUUUUUGGAAAUUGAUUAGAAAAUCCCACCUUUUGAAAUCAAGGCAAAAACUAACCAAAGAAACUGAAAAUAACUAUUCUAAUAUGAUAAAGCAAUUGUUCAAGUAUGCAUCUCGUUGCAUUAACGAUCUUUUCAACGUAUGUGGGUCAUCUGUGAUCGAUACCGUUUACAAACUAAACAUCCAAAGUGCCUCCCUUGCGGACCAAUUGUCACUAGGUGAAAUUGCUUACGAUUUUUUCUCACAAGCUUUCACCGUCUUUGAAGAGUCGCUGAGCGACUUGAACACUCAAUUUCAAGCUUUAGUCUACAUGAUGCAAUCAUUACAGAAGACCCGAUCGUUGUAUCAGGAAAAUUACUACGAUUCUCUAAUUGUUAGAUGUACACUGCAUGGAUCGAGACUCUUGAGGAAACAAGAUCAAUGUCGUGCAGUUUACCUGUGUUCCCAUUUAUGGUGGGCUACAGAAAUUGCAGUCAUUGGGGAAGAAGAAGGCACCACUACAGAUUUCUACAGAGAGGGUAAACGUGUAUUGGAGUGUUUGCAGAGGUCUCUGCGUGUAGCGGAUUCCACCAUGGACAAUAUUCAGAGUUGUCAAUUAAUGAUAGAAAUCUUAAAUCGUUGCUUGUACUAUUUCAUUCAUGGCGAUGAGCAUGAUACCCACGUUAGUGUGAAAUACAUCAAUGGUCUUAUCGAGCUCAUAAAGACAAAUUUGAAAUCAUUGAAACUUGAAGAGCAAGUAUCAGAGCAACAACAAUCCGCUACAAGAUUACAGGAUCUACACAUAGACGAUCAGGAUACUACAGAAUUGCCUUCUAGGAAAAAAUUUGUCAUGGGACUUGAUGGUACCUACAUCGAAAUUCCAAGGACGAACGGGACGCCGGCAUCGAUUUCUAACAAGCUAAAUUCCGUGUACAUUAACGAAAUGAUCCAUAUUCCGUUAGAGCACUUUGACAGGACCUGCGAAUAUAUUGUCAAUCAAAGGGAGAUUGACGACAGGUUUAAAGUAAUCGUUGUAUAA